AUUGAGGGAUGUAGUCACAUCUUAUUUACUUGGAUCUAUGAGUAUUGAGAAGAAAAUUUCGAUUCUUGCCGCGCCAAUCACGAUUUACGAAGGUGAAGAAGGUUGGGAUUUUCCAGAUAGUCUGGAAGCUUACGAGAAAGAUUUACAGCGCAGUAUGAGUAUUUAUGGGAAAGAUCCUCGUCGUCUAAGCAUAAUCUCGGAGCAGAUUACUUUGGCUAAACUGGGGAUAGACAGAAGAAAAAGAAUUAAGGGAUCUGUAUUAGGUUUACUCCAGGCAGUCGAAGCUCUAUAUAAUGAAAAACAAUUUGUUUUUAAAGAUCAAUCCCAUCAUUUUGGUUUGGAGCAGAGAUGUCAUUUAGUAGCUUUGUUCGUAACUAUAGAAAAUCCAAGCAGACACAUAUUUUAUAGCCAUUCCUCCACUUUCAAAGGAAACCAUGGCUGUCGUUUUAAAUAUGAUAAAUAUGCCAUCGAGAGUAAGGAAAUUGAGUACAGAAUGUGGGAUGAUGGAUACUACUAUGAAGUAUUACCUGACCAUCAUACACAAGGGCGCAAACUCACCCCGAGACUGAAGCCCGGACAAAAGAGGGGCUGCGCAAUUAACUAA